ACAAUGGAAGCUAUUGAUGCUGGGAAACUCUUUUCCACUGCCUAUCUAAUGGAUUUAGGUGCCUGCGUCAAAUCAUUACGCUACUGUGCAGGCUGGGCUGAUAAAAUCCAUGGGCGUACUGUUCCAAUGGAUGGAAACUUUUUUACAUUUACAAGACAUGAGCCUAUCGGAGUGUGUGGCCAAAUUAUUCCUUGGAACUUCCCAUUGGUUAUGUUCAUCUGGAAGAUCGCCCCUGCUCUUUGUUGUGGAAACACAGUGGUUGUCAAACCAGCAGAACAAACGCCACUGACUGCCCUUUACAUGGGAUCCUUAAUUAAAGAGGCAGGAUUCCCACCUGGAGUUGUGAAUAUUGUGCCAGGCUUUGGACACACUGCUGGAGCAGCAAUUUCUCACCACAUGGAUGUAGAUAAAGUAGCUUUCACUGGCUCUACAGAGGUUGGCAAACUUAUUAAAGAAGCAGCAGGGAAGAGUAAUCUGAAAAGAGUUACAUUGGAACUUGGAGGAAAAAGUCCUAACAUUAUAUUUGCGGACGCAGACUUGGAUGCCGCUGUGGAAUUUGCACAUAUUGGUCUGUUCUACCAUCAGGGACAGUGUUGUAUAGCAGCAUCUAGGAUUUUUGUGGAAGAGCCUAUUUAUGAUGAGUUUGUUCGCCGAAGCAUUGAACGAACAAAGAAGUAUACUCUUGGGAAUCCUUUGUUGCCUGAUGUUCAGCAAGGCCCUCAA